GACAACUGUUAUGAACUGUCAAUGAAGCAAGAAGCUUGUUAAACUUUCACUCGAGAAAAUGUAACUUGUUUGGAGUCAUGCUUAUAUUCAUUCCAAAUAUGGAAAAUAUUUGCUGCAUUUCCAAUACCUCACCAUUCGGAUAUGGUGACUGAAUAAACUGACUCUACCUCAGUGGAAUAGAUUGCAAAACAAGUCAAGAAUACCUGCAGUUCCUUGGCGAGAUAUUGUACCUGGCAUCAACGAAUACGGAGUUGGUCAGCAAAAUAAGGAUUCAGCCAUGCCCCCGUCCAACAAACGAAGUCGGAGAGAGGAAACCUCUGUGGUGCUAACUUGUGAAUGGGGACCUUGCAAGGAAUCAUUCACUGACAUGCAGGACUUUUGUAAACAUGUUGAGAACCAUCACUCGUCGUCCUUGGAGGAGGACAUGGACGCCGAGAAUGAUGCAGAUGAGUUUCCGUGCCAGUGGAAGGACUGUGGGUUCUGUUCGGUGGAGAGUGCAGCAGAGCUGGGCCGACAUCUGUUCUUCCACUGCUACCACACCAAGCUGAAGCAGUGGGGGCAGAGUGUCCUUCGGGCCCACCCGGACAUCGGCUCCUGUUCUGUUGGCCUGCAAAACCGCAACAUAAUACCAGAGAUUACAGACAACUUCAUUUGUCUGUGGGAGCACUGUGAGGCCUCUAUGGAUAAUCCUGAAUGGUUCUAUCGCCAUGUGGAGAACCAUGCCUUAUCCCUUGACAUGAAGUCCAAAGGCAAAGAAGAGAACGUUCUUUGUUGUGGUUGGAAAGAUUGUGAGGCCACAUUCAAGAGUCGCUUUAAGUUGCGAGAGCACUUACGAAGCCACACCCAAGAAAAAAUAGUCGGCUGCCCCACAUGUGGAGGGAUGUUUGCCAACAACACCAAGUUCUUUGACCACAUUAGGCGCCAAACAACCAUUGAAGGCCAGAGAUUUCAAUGCUCCCAUUGUUCCAAGCGAUUUGCAACUGAGAGACUUCUUCGAGACCACAUGAGAAACCACGUGAACCACUACAAGUGUCCCCUGUGUGACAUGACCUGUCCCUCUCCGUCCUCACUGCGCAACCAUAUUAAGUUCCGCCACAGCAACGAGAAACCUUACAGCUGUGACUACUGCGAGUACAGCUGCAAGAACCUGAUUGACCUGCGGAAACACUUUGACACGCACAGCAGCGGCUCCGGUUAUCACUGUGACUAUGAGGACUGUGACUACUCUACACGCUCCAUGGCAUCCAUCAAGUCCCACUACAAGAGGGUGCAUGAGGGUGAUGUAGCUCCUCGCUACAAGUGCCACGUGUGUGAGCAGUGCUUCACAAGAGGCAACAACCUCACGGCCCACCUGAGGAAGAAGCACCAGUUCAAAUGGCCCUCAGGACACCCCAGAUUCAGGUACAAGGAGCACGAGGACGGCUUCAUGCGCUUGCAGCUGAUUCGCUACGAGAGUGUGGAGCUGACGGAGCAGCUGAUGAGGGAGAGGGGCGCGGAGGGAGACUGCUCCGACCAGACGGCCCAGAACGACACCCUCCAGCCUGUACAGGAGGAUGAGGAGGGUGAAGAAGAUGAGGAGGGGGAGGAUGAAGAGGAGGAGGGAAGGCUGCAGCUGUCGUCCUCCUCUCCUGGGGGAGUGGACGCAUCCGAGGACCAGGGAGGAGAGGUGGCGAAUGGGGAAGGGGAAGUGAAUGGCGGGGCAGAAGAUGGGGCAGAGAGUGUGUUGCUGGUCAUGCUGAAGGGAAGUUCGCAGGAGCCCCACAGGGAGGCUGAGGAGGAGGAGCAGGAGGAGCAGGAGGACACGGUGAUGAGGCGGCUCCAGGACACUGCACAGCAGUUGGGCAUGCAGGUGGUCUGAAGCGGGGUGUAAGACACUAGCUGGGGUCUGGGGAUGUGCAGAGGGGGUGUUGUGGAAACGACUUGAACUGACACAGUAGUUGGUGGAUGAGAAUGCUUUGUGUGAAGACAGGAAGGACUGUCGAGUAGGGGUGACAUAACACUAAAACAGCAGCUGAAGACAUGGGUGAUGUGGAGGACUGAGCAGGGUGAGGGAGGAGGAGGGGACAGAGUUUGCACAAAGCGAUGGAGGGCUGACACAGAAAUGAUGAUCCCUCAAAAAUCACCUCAGAUCCCCGUCCAGUUUUCAUUCCCUUGGAUUUCUCCACAGAGCUGUGAUCCCCUGUUUGAAGUUUUCUUUAAGACAGCCCUAAAACUGAUUGAAUCAAUCACUUGCCAUUUCAUUUGAGACUGUUCUUGCCACAGACUUCAGACGGUGCUUCUGUGCAAUGGGUUCAGUCAGAGAAGGAGUUUGGUUGAGUGGUACAAUAUGUGUAAUCUUUGUACAUCUCAAACUUGGCUUGUACAGGCAUAGUAAGCUAAUUGUUCUGUGGCAGUGAAGAAACCAUCAAGUCAAUGAAAAGUCUCAACUCUCAUAAAAAUGGCUUUCACAUUCAUUUAAAGGGACAGUUUGGUCAAUUUCAACAUGCAGUUGUAUUGCUCACGCUACCCUUGACUUGUCAGUACCUGGUGAUGGCACAUUUUUCGGCUCAGCCCUUUCCGAGAUAUGAGCAAUUCUAAUGGGGGCAGCGUUUGUUUACAUUUUUAAAAAAUGAAACAUAGGCCAACUCCAAAUAUUUUCCCAAAAGGUACAGUUGUUUGGUAGUUGUCUGCUAAUGUUUUAUAACCUUUUGGAUGUUUUUGGGAAUAAAUAAAAAUGUUUUUUGAAAUGUAAACAAAGAGCUGCCCCCAUUACAAUGACCAGGAUCUCGGAAACGGCUG